ACUAGUUGCUGUAAACCAUGGCAGACUCCUAUAUGUGUUCUCUGUGUGCUGAUGCACUACAGGACCCCAUCACCAUCCCUUGUGGAGAUGCAUUUUGCCUGGAAUGUAUCAAGGUCUACUGGGACCAAUCGGACCACCUGGGUGUCUACAAUUGCCCAGAGUGUCGGGCAACCUUCACUCCUCGUCCUGUCCUGCGCCGCAACGUGCCUGACGUUGGUUCUCGUGAACGUCACUCACCUUUAACGGCAUUAACACCCUUUCCGGACCUCAAGAGGGACUCCUUGUGUGAUUUCUGCACAGGCCGAAGGAACCGGGCAGUCAAGUCAUGCCUGGUGUGUCUGGCGUACUACUGUGAGACACAUGUCAAGCCUCACUAUGAGUCUGCCACGUUCAAGCGGCACAAGCUGGUCGAUGAGAUCGGGCACCUAGAUCGUAAGAUCUGCCCACAGCACGAGAAGAGCCUGGAGCUGUUUUGCAAAUCGGAUCAGAUGUGUAUAUGCGUUCUCUGCACGGUGAGGGAACACCGUGGACACAACAUAGUCAGUGCCGAGGAUGAGCGUACCGACAAGCAAAAAGUGCUAGUGGGGACCCAGUCUGAAGUCCAGCAUGUUAUCCAGGAGCGCAUGAAGGAACUACAGGAACUCAGGCACAAUGUGGAAGUUCUCAAGGGUAAUGCUCACCGUGCCCAAGCGGCCAGCGAUAAGACCUUCAGCGAGAUGCUGCAGUCUGUGGAGCGCUGGCAUGCUGAGAUUUGCCAGCUCAUUCAAGCUAACCUGCAGGCCGCCAUGGCACAGGCUGAUAGCUAUGUGGAGCGGCUGGAGCAGGAGAUCAUGGAGCUACAGAGGCGAGAUGCAGAGUUACGGCAUAUACUUGACACUGAGGACAACAUACAUUUUCUACAGAACUUUCCGGUGAUGUAUACUGCCCCAGAGCAAAUGGUGCCCAAAGUCCUGAUCAACCAAGAGUUCUCCUUUAAUGAGGUUACCAAAACGGUAACUGUCAUGAAGGAACACCUGGAUGACAUCUGCAAAAAAGAACUGGACAACUUGUCCAAAAAAGUGAGUGACAUCCCAGUCUAUGUGUUAAUCCCCAGGAAUGGUGGUCGGUUUAAAGAUCAUGUUUCAUCCAUGCCAACAAAAGCUGAUCUUCAGGAACCCAAAACUCGAGCAGACUUCCUCAGAUAUACAGUGAGACUUACCUUUGACCCCAAUACGGCCUAUAAGGAGUUGGUCCUGUCCAACGGGAACCGCAGGGCAAUUCGGAAACGCGUGGUCCAGUUUUACCCAGAGCAUCCAGACCGCUUUGACGGCUUUUGUCAGGUCUUGUGCGCUGAGCCUUUGAGUGGCUUCCGUUAUUACUGGGAGGUGGAAUGGAGCGGCGAGUUCUCCAUCGGCGUCACCUACAAAAGCAUCAGCCGUAAAGGCAAGAACUCGCACAGCCUCCUCGGCUACAACGACCGAUCCUGGAGCCUCCUGUGUUCUGACUCCGGAUACUCGGCCUGGCACAACAAGACAGAUAAAGAUAUUUCAAGCACAGUCAGGGCCUCACGGAUCGGCGUGUAUCUCGAUUACGCCGGUAAUUCGCUGUCCUUCUACGCCGUCUCAGAAAAUAUGGAGCUCAUCUACAGGUUCAAGGCCAAGUUCUCCGAGCCACUAUAUGCAGGGUUUGGAGUCGGAGCCUCUGUAUCGCUGUGUUCACCGGAGAAGAUCACAUAGCUGUACUCCUGAGGACAACACUGAGCUAAAACAUGAUUUAUCCUGCUUUCAGCAAGGGCCAAAACUAAGACAAGUCAAUGUUCUUUGAAUAUUUAGGAGUUCUCAGCUGGCCAGUAGGGUUCUACUUGGAAUCUUCUCAUAAAA